AUGACACAGUGCCCCUGCACGAGUUCAUGCAGGUACGGUUCAGAGCGGUUGGUGGUGGUGCACAGAGGCAUGCGGGUAUGCGAGUGGGUGCCGUGGAUGUUGGUGCAUGGCGGUGAUGGUGGCCGUUGCUGCUGGGAGAGGCUGGGAGAGCUGCUGGACCCGCGCCUGGAUGGCACAGUGCCCCUGCACGAGUUCAUGCAGGUAGGAGGAUGUGGUGCGGUGCGGUGCUGUGUGCUGUGGUGUGGUGUAGCUUGGUGGCAAGAUGGUGUGGUGGUGUGGGAUGUGGUGCUGCUGGACCCUCGCCUGGAUGGCACGAUGCCUCUGCACGAGUUCAUGCAGCGUGGUGGGUGGUGGUGUUGCUGUUGUGAGCUGCUGGACCCUCGCCUGGACGGCACGGUGCCCCUGCACGAGUUCAUGCAGGUACGGUUCAGAGCGGUUGGUGGUGGUGCACAGAGGCAUGCGGGCGGCAUCUGUGGCAGCGGUGUGCCUGCAAGCGGACCCAGACUACCGGCCGCACAUGGACGAUGUGGUGCAGUCGCGCUCAUGCCGCCACUCCUCAACACUCUCUUCCUUUUCUCCUUCCUUGGCCCCUGCCCCAUGCCUCUUCACCAGGCGGCAUCUGUGGCAGCGGUGUGCCUGCAAGCGGACCCUGACUACCAGCCGCACAUGGACGAUGUGGUGCAGUCGCGCUCAUGCCACUCUGCAAGGCUGCGAUCUCUCCCUAAGCCUCCCCUGCCCAGUCCAACCACUCUUCCCUGA